UCCUCGGUCACUUUAUGUAAGCAGUGAUUUUCAUUACUAACAAUGCAAGAGAGCGGAAGGCUCGGCAUGCUCUUGGUAGCAUUUUUAUGUCUGUUCUAUGCAACACAAGGUUCACCAUUAACGGACAUACACAGCAAAGGUGUGACGGACAUAGAGCUUGAGAAUGUCAUCCGUAAGGUGCUAAAGGAGAAUCAUGAUGGCCACCAAAAGCGUAAAGAGCAAACAGCUGAUACAAAUGGCAAUGAACGAGAGAUUGAAAGUAUUAUGGAACAGAUCCUGAAGCAGAAACGAAAAAACCUACAAAAGCGUGAUCAUCCCAAAAUUGAAAAAAAUGACGAUGAUAAAUUGAACAAGAUUAACAGCGAGACCCUUUGUGAAAACGACAAGUGUCAUAAGGCACGGGUUGAUGAUUUUAACCGAAACUUUAUGAAUGACGGUCAUGAAAGGCAAAAGCCAAAGAGAAAAGGAGGAAACAAAAGGUACAUUGAUACAUCUGGGAAUGGACUAUGGCCUAAUGGAAUCGUCCCUUACGACUCAAGUCAGCUGACCAAUUAUUUCCAAUCGAGUACGGAUGCUGACAUCACCCAAAGUGGAAUACCCGGAUUUUUAUUGGAUGCCGUUGAACUGUUCAAGGAAAAAACAUGUCUGGAAUGGAGGCAAAGAGCAUCAGGGGAUGGAAACGAAUACGUGAAAAUCACCGGAAGUAACACAGGAGGGUGUUCCGCAGGUGUGGGGAGAUACUCGGGGACAUCAACACCAAUACAUUUAAACUUACACGUUUCCGGAGGCUGUAAUUUUCUGUACGUCGUGUUGCACGAGUUCAUGCAUGUCAUAGAUGGUACACACGAACAACAGCGUCGAGACCGCGACGAAGCACUCACAAUGAUUUGGAGCAAACUUCAGCCAGAUGCUGCCUCGAACUAUAUAACAGAAAAAGAUGACACAUUUUCUUCCUCCGCCACUGAAUUUAGUUUGGCAUCCGUCUUAAUGUAUUCUAGAUUUAUAUUUGCUGUAACUAGUGGGCAAGAGACAAUGUCAAUUAAAGACAAGGAUUUGAAAUUCCUGACCGAAGAUACAAAAAACACAUUUUCUUUUUACGAUCGAGAAGCUAUCACAAAUGUCUACCAAUGUGGAAAAGAUUGUACCAGCACUGUUUGUCAUAACGGAGGAUUUGCUACCAAAACUGUUAAUAACCCAGUGUGUACGUGUGUGUGCCCAGAACAUCUCAAUGGAGCUUCUUGUGAAGGACUUACAGGCAGCGGAACAUGCAGUAGAACCAUCACUUUAGGGGAAAGUGGAUCCGAUACCAUAGCAACAACAAACCAACCAUACACUACUGGUCGAAAAUGUGUUUAUUUGAUCAAGGCGUCUGCUGGCUCCAGGAUAAGGUUCGAUCUAAACAAUAUGGAUAUAGCAAAAGAUAGUUCAACUUGCAUUGAUACACUGGAAAUACGAUAUAACCUUAUUGGAGAGCCGGGCCCUGAGUUUUGUGGCUCGACAACUGUCACAAAAACGAUGCUCAGUGGAGCUAACUCCGAAUCGCAUCUAGCCACAGUCAUAUGGGACACAACAUCAGGGUCAUCAUCAACCGCCGGAAAUGGUUUCUCCCUUACUGUCACAGCAAUCAAAUCAGGUUGCUACAAUCGACCCUGCAAGAAUGGAGGGACAUGUGCGGAAGAUUUGAAUAAUCCCGGCGGAUUUAUCUGCACAUGUCCAUCAGGUAUUGGAGGCAACGUCUGUAGCGAGGCUACAGGAACCGUUACGUGUAACGAGGGAGCAGAAAACGAUAUUGAUGGGACUUGCUUUUUGGAAGACGUAGGUGGAUCAUCAAUGCGAUUUGGGGAGACCAUAAGAUCGGGACAGUCUAUUGACCCACCGGAACCAGCUGACGGUCUCACUUUCUACCGCGUGGAUCCAACUGGGAGCUACUUUAAUACUGAUGCUGCUACUUUACAAUCGGCAAUUAACUUUCCAGAUGACGCUACACUAUGUGUGCGCUUUAAAGCCAUAGUCAAUGAUCCAACUGGGUCGGCGAGCCAACUGUCACUUCAGAUCAGCGAUGAUGCAAACACCUCUCCCACAAAUCUGCUAACUGUCGAUAACACUGGACUGACAUGGGUAUCAAAAGAACACGAAAUUUCACCAUCAUCUUCAAGUUUAAACAGGAAGAUUUAUUUUAGAGGCGUUUAUGGGGCAGGACAAGGAGUGUAUCUCGACGAUAUAUCUGUCUUCCAAGGAAAAUGCGAUUUGUGUACUCCAAACCCAUGUCAACAUGGAGGAUCUUGUGCACAGAGCGGAAACGAAAGACAAUGUACGUGUUCAACCGGAUUCCAGGGAGCCACAUGCGGUGACCUUGUUCAGUGCCUCUCCGACACCUGUAAGAAUGGUGGUACCUGUAUCAACACAAAUGGCGUCCUAUCAUGUGACUGUGUUUCAGGUUUUAUUGGACAAACAUGUGAAAACACAGACCUAUGUGCACCAAGCAAUCCUUGCAAAAAUGGCGGCACUUGUUCACAGACAGACAAUACAUUUACAUGCACGUGCGCUAGUGGAUUUUGGGGAACCAUUUGUGAUGUCAAUGAUUUAUGUUCAUCUUCAAAUAAUUGUCAAAAUGGGGCUACUUGUAUACAAACCGGAGUCACUACAACCUUUUGUAAUUGUGCCAGUGGGUUUUAUGGAACUACAUGCGGUCAAACAAAUGUUUGUUCAUCCCAGCCGUGUCAAAAUAGUGGCAGCUGCAACAGCGUUGGAAGUAACACUUUUUAUUGUAAUUGUGCAUCCGGCUUCCUGGCUGAGCUAUGCUAUGAGAGUGGUACUGGGUGUUCCUUUGAAUCUGACCAGAGCUGCCCGUUCAGUAAUGUUGGCUUUGAUAGUUUUGACUGGGAUGUAAGCACAUCAGGAGGAGGGCCUUUCACACCUCAGCAUGGCUCAUUGUUUAUGUCCAUAAACAAUAAUGGUCGACAAGUUGGUGAACAAGUUUGGCUUUAUGCGUCUUUAAGUCUACCAAAUGGCGAUAACUGCCUGACGUUCUACUAUAUAAUGUCCGGAGCCCCGGGGAAUUUUGGAGCAUAUUCAACAACAGCAUCAGGCAACACACUGUCCUCGAUAUGGUACAGACAAGGCGAAUCGCUUACUGAGUAUAAAGAGGCUAAAGCAGAUAUACCAUCUGGUCACACGAAGGUUGCGUUCAUAGUAACAAUAACAGUUACUGAUACUAAUGCAUAUGUAGCUCUCGACAACAUACGCAUUUAUCCAGGAACUUGUGAUCUUUGCAAACCCAACAUAUGUCAGAAUGGAGGAACAUGUACCGUGUCGGAUAACACAGCGACUUGUACAUGUCCCAGUGGUUACACAGGAACAACCUGCUCUGAAGUGACGCCGGUUUGCCUAACCAAUCCUUGUCUGAACGGCGGAAUAUGUUCUGGAAAUGCGGUUUCAUUCACCUGUGCAUGCGCUUCUGGAUUUUCUGGAUUAAUUUGUGAAAACAGUAACUCAGGUCCGUGUUCCACUUCACCAUGUCAAAAUGGGGGAGUCUGCAGCGUAUCGGGCUCAACCUUCAUCUGUUCUUGUACUGGCGCAUUCACCGGCAAUACGUGUGAAACAAGCAAUCCAUGCGUCACUAAUCCGUGUCAGAACAGUGGAACGUGUACCCCGGCAGGAUCAUCCUACACGUGCAGUUGUUCUACCGGCUUUACAGGAACUAACUGCGAAGUAAAUGAUCCAUGCAAACCUAACCCGUGCCAGAACAGUGGAACAUGUACAGCGUCGGGGUCACCAUACACGUGUAGUUGUACCUCUGGAUUUUUAGGAACUAACUGCGAUGUUGUCGAUCCGUGUGUACCUAACCCGUGCCAGAACAGUGGAACAUGCACAGCGUCCGGAUCAUCAUACACGUGCAGUUGUACUUCCGGUUUUUCAGGAAACAACUGUGACGUUAAUGAUGCUGCGACAAUUAUGGUCUGCUCGUUUGAGGUCGGCGAAUCAAACUGUGGAAUGGUCCAAAUCAAUAACGACUAUUUUGAUUGGAGUGUAAUUUCGGGUGCUGCGUCCGGUACAGGGCCUAGCAGCGCAUAUGACGGUAGCCGAUAUAUGUACAUAGAUACCAACACGGAAGUAUCUGGCACCUACGCUAUGCUGGGGAAAUUUAAUUUACCAGCUGAGAAAAAAUGCUUGACAUUCAACUACCACAUCAAAGGGCAGACAUACUAUCUUCAAGUCUACGCCGCUUCUCCUUUUGGAACGAUAUGGGAAACAAACGGCGCCAACAACAACGCUUGGCAAAGCCGUUCAAUCACCAUCUCAUCCAGCUACACAGCGAUUUACAUCGUUGGUUGGAAGGGAGAUGAUAACCAGGGUCACAUAGCCCUUGACAAUGUCCAAAUACGAAGCGGCUCUUGUACGUAAACCCAGAUCGGACCGGUACACGUUUACCAACCUACGACCUUACAAUGCUUCAAAAAUAUAAGUACCUUACUAUAUACAUAUACCAUGUAGUUUUUGUUUUCCGUAUUUUUUUCAUUGUAUAUUAAUCAAAAAAACAAUAUAUGAUUCAAAAUAAAUAUUUUUUUUGAA